UCGAAUCGUUAGGACGCUAGCGGCCAUUACGCUGUAUUCAAGCAGAGAGCAACGUGUUUUGACGAGCUACAUCAUUUUCGCUUUUUGUCCAUUAAACGCAUUUGUACCUUACGUAAUUACGUCUUGGGGAUAUUUAACAGGCGUGUUCAAUUGCCACAUAUGUAAAUAUUUUGCAUUGAGUCGGCGUGAGGCGGUCCGCAUCUCCAGGCAUCUGAUUCUCAACGUCGCUCGAAGCCUUUGCACCGUCCGUUUCGCGAAUUUAUUUGCAGUUUUUUAUUUCGUUAACCAAGGAGACGUCGGUUUAACAUACCCGCUUCGAUUUAGAUGGCAAGCUUCCCAGAUUUUGUCAACGAAAAUGAAAUAGGUAAAGCUACGUUCAUCGGGGAACUCCUACCUCCUGUUGCUCCCUUCGACCAGAAGUCUGGACGGGAGACAUGGACUGUAGCUUUUGCACCUGAUGGUUCCUACUUUGCUUGGUCUCAGGGGCAUCGCAUUGUCAGGCUUGUACCAUGGAAGAAAUGCUUAGCCAGCUUUUCUGUAAGCAAGGAAGAUCAGCCAAGCAGCACAGGUCCUCGCCGGUUCUCCCGGCAAAACAGCGAGGGCAGUCUGCUACCAGGCGAGCCCAGAGAACACACCAUCGAUUGCGGUGACAUUGUGUGGGGUCUGGCCUUUGGUUCCUCCGUUCCUGAGAAGCAGAGCCGAUGCGUGAACAUCGAAUGGCAUCGCUUCAAGUUCGGCCAGGACCAGCUGCUUCUCGCCACUGGGCUCAACAAUGGGCGCAUCAAAAUCUGGGACGUCUAUACCGGAAAGCUUUUGUUGAACCUGAUGGACCACACAGACAUUGUGCGGGACUUGACAUUUGCCCCAGAUGGGAGUUUAAUGCUGGUUUCUGCCUCAAGAGACAAGACUCUACGUGUUUGGGACCUUAAAGAUGAUGGUAACAUGGUGAAAGUACUACGAGGCCAUCAAAACUGGGUCUACUGCAGUGCGUUUUCGCCCGAUUCGUCUGUCCUUUGUUCCGUGGGCGCAGGCAAAUCGGUGUUCCUGUGGAACAUGGAUAAGUACACGCUGAUCCGUAAGAUGGAAGGUCAUCAUAAUGACGUGGUUUCUUGCGAGUUCUCGCCCGACGGGGCCCUGCUGGCCACGGCGUCCUACGACACUCGAGUCAUAGUGUGGGACCCUCACACGGCCACCGUUCUGCUCGAGCUGGGGCAUCUCUUCCCUCCCCCCUCUCCCAUAUUCGCGGGUGGAGCAAAUGAUCGAUGGGUUCGCUCCGUUGCCUUUUGUCAUGAUGGUCGGCACAUUGCCAGCGUCACCGAUGACAGGCUGGUGCGGUUCUGGAGCAUAAGCGAGAAGAGUCCUCAAGCAGUCGCCCCUCUUACUAAUGGCCUCUGUUGUGCCUUUUCUACUGACGGGAGUGUCUUAUCUGCUGGGUCUCGUGAUGGCAGCGUGCACUUCUGGGCAUGCCCGCGUAGCGUGGCGAGCCUCCAGCACCUGUGCCGCAUGACCCUGCGGCGAGUCAUGCCCACCCAGCAGGUGUACACGCUGCCCAUUCCCUUCUCCAUGCAGGACUACCUGGCUUACAAGAUGCUGUAGCUUCAAAUGCACACCACGGCCCUCUGCGAAACCAAUAAAAAUAUUGUUUUCUGUAGAAAAAAGAAAAAUAAGGACAAAACAUUUUAAGAAGCCUUAAAAAUGCAUGUUUAUGCAGACCUUAAUUUAGUGUGUAGGCAGUGUUUUGUGUUUAUUUAUUUUUUCCAAAGUUUACUUCUCCCAGUUUUGUUAAUGUUGGGGUUAUUUUCACAAGCUUUUGGGCGUCCCACAUCAGUUAGCGGCCUUUAAACAGCUUUAACAUAUCAAUGGACCACAUUUUUGUUAUCAUUAUUAUUAUACUAUUUUUGUGAGAUUUCACUUUUCCUGGCACAACUACUUGUAUUAGCUCCUUAGAGUUUGUGUAUGAUUGUGCUUUCUCAAGAGUUCAGGAAACACCUGAGCUGAAGUGUCAUGUGAUGGGGGGUUAUCUCCCGAAAAUUUGCAGUGUUUUUAUUUUCUAUGCCGGCUGUGAGAAGGUUUGAAGGGAAGAUGAAAUAAUGUGAAUAUGUACGUGUGUGUGUGUGUGUGUGAGAGAGAGGGAGUAAGAGGAUUGUGUGGUGUGGUUCCUGCAGUAGGGCUGAGUUUGGUAGUUCAGGGACACAGGCAGUGCCUCCCCUUUACGUGCCUCUUAAGAAGUCUAACUUCCAUUGCAUCAAGUACGUAGUACAGACGCAAAUGCUGCCUCAAUAACAUCCUUCUGUUCAUCUCCACAGCUCCUGAAAACAACAGUAACACAUGGGCUGAUUUGUUUUCUCCGUAAAUUGUAUAUUUUUUACCUGUACAAAGAUUUGUAAAGGCACGUUUUGUUGAAUGUAUAUAUACGCAUAUAUUUGUAUAAAUAUGUUUGUAACUUCAGUUUUAUUCCUCCAUGCUUUUCAUCGAUCACUUAAAAGUGCGUGCUGUUUAUUGAUUGUUUAUGCAUGUGGCCCUACCUGGCGAAACUAGGUUAGAAAUGGUUAUUUUUAAGGAUGUGGGAAUCAGAAUGUGGCAUAUUCAUCUGGUCAUGCAGUCAAACUCGGCAAUAAAAUGUGUACAAAGCUGAUGCCAAAGAUCCUCUUGGGUUCUUAUUGAUGUUAAUGGUCUCUUUUUUCUUCCCUUUCCCACAUUUAUGGCCGAAACGUGAAAGUCUUAUGGAUGUCUGUUAUUCUCCUUGGGUGUAUGAAAAAUGCUGAUGUUACACAGAUUGGCUUGUCUUCACAGGCCUUUUCUUCUUAAGUAGAUGUAGAAAGGCUACGUAGAUGCACUUCUGUGUUCCAAACAAAACGUUAGCGUUGCAGUUAUUUGAGUAUGGUGGUAUUCGACUUCAAUCGUUAAGGUAUAUUAUAGAGAAAAUGCUUGGACAUUAGUUAAUAUCUUUAGAUAGAAUGGCUCAACUGUGCUCACCAGAAGCAUUUGAAUUUGUUUAGCAAGAAGGCGCUUCUUUUUGCUCUGGUUUUUUGUUUAUGAUUAUGAAAAUAAAAAUAUUUUGCAUCA